AUGUCACACCAACUCCAUCACCGCAAACUUCCACCUCGCAAGGCUGUCUUUCAACCACGAACAAUGUGCGGUAUACUUGCCUCUACACGAAUUAUGCAGCCCGAACACACGCGUAUACGAAGUUUAAACCCUUCGUUAUCUCGG